CUCCUCUGGCCGCCGCAGAAUCCCACACGCAAGCCACGCACGUGUCCAAGUUCCAACAACCAACCUGGAAUUCCUUCCACUUCGGAGAUGGCGUCGAGCUCGGCCCCCAGCAGCUGCGUAUAGGGAUAUACACGUAUAGAUCGAAACAUACCUCUUGAGUCCAACUUGCUCCAGCAGCGUGUUUAAUCGCCAUGGCAAAAUCCGUUUCAUAUUGGAUCGCAAGCCUGGUAGUUGCGGUGCCUCUGGGUCUCUACAGCGCGUUCCUAGGCUUGGGUUCCAUUCCUUUCUUCCAGCGCCAUUUUUUGUAUGCGCACAAGAUUCACACGUUGUGGUGGCACGAGAUCAAUGAGCCAACGCAAUGGGGUUUUGCCAAGAACCAAGUCACCCCAUUUUCUCUGCCCACGGCUGACGGCGAGGUUCUGUAUGCUUGGCAUAUUCUGCCUCUUCCUUUGUAUGGCCAGCAUGAAGCCGUGCUAUCCGCACAGAGCACUGGAUUCUGUAAGGACAUCACACAGACGGAAAACUUUAGGCUAUUGAGGGAGGACCCUACUUCACGUCUCGUCAUCUAUCUACAUGGUAACGCGGGCCACAUUGCGCAGGCCAUCCGGCCUCCGUCGUACCACGCCCUCACUGACACAUCGGCGUACCACGUCCUGGCCAUCGACUACCGCGGCUUCGGACGCAGCACGGGGUCGCCCAGCGAAACCGGGCUAAUUCUUGACGCAACGGCCGCGGUGGAAUGGGCCAUGAACGUUACGGGCGUGCCGGCCGACCGGAUUGUGCUCCUGGGCCACAGUCUCGGCACGGCGGUCGCGUCGGCCGUGGCCGAGUUCUUCGCCAAGGAGGGCGUCGACUUUGCGGGAGUUGUUCUGGUCAGCGCCUUCAGCAGCCUGCCCAAGAUGCUGAGCGGCUACGCCAUCGCGGGCUGGGUGCCUGUUCUGGCGCCCUUCCGGGCCUGGCCUUGGGUUCUGAAGCAGGUCGAAAAGUGCAUCGUCGAUAGGUGGCAGAGCAGCAACCGGCUUGAGGAGGUGGUAAGAACCGUCAAGGCCCGGAAUGGAAGGCUCAGGCUGCAUCUCAUACACGCAGCGAACGAUUGGGACAUACCGUGCCACGAGGACGACAUCCUGUUUGCGGCUGCUGUCAACGGGAGAGUAGUGCCGGGCGGCGACGGCAUGUUGACGCCAGAGCAAGCAAUGAGGACGUUUGAGAAGGGCGAGAACACGAUUACUACGCCUUGGAAAGAUGCCUUUGUCGCCGAGUGGGCGGAGCAGGACAUUGUUGUCCGCCGCGAGGUGUUUCCGUACGGAGGACACAACGACAUUAUGUACUACAGUCCCAUGCUUCUCGCCGUCAUGCGGUCUUUCGGCAUUGUUGAUGAAGUGGUCGUUAGCCCCGCGUGACGAGAUUAAGUUGGACGAACAACCGCCAACCAGGUCUGUUCUGCUGCCUCAGGGGUUUUAUAAAUCAACAAUGUUACCUACAGGGCCACAUCAUGCAGCCAACCGCCGCAGAUGUUAUUCGAAAGAGACUCUAACGCGAGAAGCAAUAACACAUCAAUCACCUCUUUUACUUCAUGUAAGACGAGUUACAAAGCGCAGGCUUGAUCUGCGAUGAGAAACAAACAGUACGAAUAAGAAACGCUUAUC